AUGGAAACAACGUCACGAUAUCCUAGAUUCCACAAAUAUAUUACAAGAGUAUACUUGGUAAUAAUAUGUUUGCUUGCAAUUAGUUUACCAAUAUCAUACUUGAUUAGAAAACAACCUACUGUAAGGGAUAUCAUUGGAAUAAUCAUUGAUAGCAAUACGAAUCAUCAUCCAACAUUCGCCAUUUAUAGAUUAGGUGGAUUAUCUGACAGAUUACGUCGAUUUGGCAGUAGUCAAAGUAGCUAUAGUACUUCUACUGCAAAUGAUGAUGAGAUUAAUUAUGAUUUAGAAGAAGCAUUGAGACCUCCUCCCCCGAAUUAUAAUAUUGCUUUAGGAGGUGCUGGUUUGCCUCCUCCAUAUCCGAAUGAUUUUAUAGAAGGAAAUACACAAAACUCCGAAAGUAAUAACACGUCCCCCCCACAAAUGAGUGAAAGAUUUGUUCCUCCAAGACGUCCUGUACCUUCUAUUCCAUCAUCAAGUUCUCUAAGGCGCCCUGUUCAUCUAAUACCAUCACUACCACCAUCAUCUUCACAAUCUACAUCACAAGAUGGCUCUUCUCCUAUAAUAGUUGAUUCACCUCUUAGACGUUCAAUACCUCAAUCAUCGAGGCGUACUGUGCCUUCAAUUCCCACUUCUUCGUCAUCAACAACGACAAUAACGUCAUUAGAUAACAAACCACAACAACCAAGACGUCCCGUUCCUCUUACUCCCACAUCAUCAUCAUCGAGUUUAUACAAAAUAUAUUCAGCAAAAAGCUCUGGUGGAUCAGGAGCUUUUAUUUAUGUUAAUGCCGAGGGAAAUAAAUCAUGCUCAAAUUUAUGUAUAGCAAUAUUUUCAUUAAUCGCUACAGGAGUGGCGGUAGCGGUAUCAGCUUGUUGCUAUCUGUGUCAUAAAAAAUUUGUUAAAAAAGAAAAGUUAUUACCUUCUUCCGUCACAAAUGAUACGCUUGAUUUAGAAGGACAACCGACGUUACCAUCAUAUGAUUCACAACCACCUGCUUAUUCGGAAUUAAGACAUUCUAAUUCAUCAUCACAAUUACCUCAUUCCGAAGCAUUUAAGGAUGCCGAAGGUUUCUUUAAGAAUAAUCAACCAUCUAAUUCAUUACCUCCUGAUAAUGUAAUACAAGAGUUAUUAAAACAAGAUACUUAUUCUUCUUGGAAAUUUCUUCCUGAAAAAAUUCUCGAGCAACUAGAAAUUAUUUUGAGUAAUGAAGAUGGAAGAGAGCUAACAUUUAAUAAUUCCAAAAAGAAAGGAUUAAAAUAUAAUGAAAUCAUUGUACAAUCCAAUUUACCUUUCUUUAAUCCAAAAAAAUGUAUUGAUAAUGAAAAAAGAGAAGUUGAAAAGAAUGAAGAAGAUUACGAAUUACAUUACUUUGAAAUUUCCAUCAUUGAAAAAUCCGAUGAUGUAACAAAGGUUGCUAUUGGGCUAACUACAAAACCCUAUCCGUAUUAUAGAAUGCCCGGUUAUAAUAAAUACUCGAUCGGUUAUCAUUCAGAUAGUGGACAUAAGUACCAAGAUUCUCAAUAUGAUUCGCAAGAAUACGGACCAAAAUGGGGUGAAUCGGGGGAUACUAUUGGAUGCGGGUACAAACCAUCUUCGGGAGAAGUUUUUUUCACAAAAGAUGGUGAAUAUUUGGGAAAAGCUCAUUCAUAUAAUGAUGAAAAACUUGUAUGGUAUCCGACUGUUGGUGUGGAAGGAACCUGUAAAUUGGAAGUAAAUUUUGGUGAUAGUCAUUCUAUGUUUAAAUAUAAACCGGCUAGAAGCUUUGGUCCUGGUGCCCAGGGUGGCUGGUUAUAUAAACAUUUAAGUCCUAAGAAAUGGUCUGAAGUGUAG